CAUAACAUUGCAACUGUGGCCCUCACCUGCAUUAAAAAGAAGCGAUUAGAUAGCUGAAGAUGGAGAUCGAGGCCGAGGUGAAUGAUCUUAAUCCCAUGUUGGAUUCGCUGGCUGACUGGAAGCACAUUAUAGUCCGCGCAGAUGCGUGGUUACAAUGGGACGAAGACUCUUACCCGUACAUCAUGUGUGCUGCAAUCACUGUCUUCUACAUCUUGAUUUGGUUGAUCCAGCCCUCUAUCCUUACCACAGUGUCUCUCAUCAUCAUGACGGUGUGCCUUCUAGACUUCAUGGUACCCAGUGUCUUCAAGGAAUACUUCAAGAAGCAAGCAUGGUCAGAAUUUAAACAGAGGAGGUAUGAAAAAUGCUGCAGUAAACUGCUCAACACACAGAAGAUGUUCAUGUCAACUGGAAGGUGGAUUCUAAACUUACGAGAAAAGAAGCCCAAAUAUUACUUCCUCGGAGCUUCAGUGACACUUCUAACUAUUGCAUUUGUGGGCAAUUCCAUCCAUGGUCUCUUUCUAGCAUAUCUAUCCACUAUAUUUCUGGCAUUGUUUCCCGGUCUGCUGUACUAUGGAAUCUUAGCGUCGUGGUACGCUAAGGUGCUUGAGGUGUUUGUCAAUCUGCUCAAAGGACACAAAAAGAGAGAUUAGUUUUGAUCAAGUCUUCAUACAUGUAGUUACCGGUACAGCUCUUAGUGUAUGACAUCGAUGCAACACCACUUCCAUGGUGAAUGAACAUUGGAACCUUGAAGUUCUGAUUUUGCUGUUGUCUUUCAUCAUCUAUGGUUAAAUCUUCUAAGGCAUCCUCAGGAUGCCUGAAGGGCCGCAGUAGAUGGAGGUCAUCAAGGCUUAUUGAAAUGUUGCCCACAAGUCUUGCUAAAUGUGACAUGAAAAUUCUAGAACACUGAAGGAAAUCUUACAAAGUUGCUGGUGCUCUAUCUUACCAUUGAUUACCUAAUGUGUUUGAUGAGCCCCUCCCCCCUCCCCUGCCGUGACAUGACUCUUUUUUUAAAUGCAGUGAUAUGAUGUUGAACAUGCACAACUUGUAUUGAAAAUAUAAUGAUAAUAAUGAUAACUGUAAAACCCAAAUACUCGAUAACUGUUCAUGACAUUUUUAGGUUAUCAUUAUUCAUGUAUGCACGGAUGGGUUAUUCUAUGAUAGGCAAGUGGAAGUAUUAUUUUCAAGAGGGCAAACAAAAAGUUGUCUUGAAGUACCUACAUUACCUUUGAAAGUGACAAUGCUAAAAUAUUUACAAAAUGGGACGUCUCCAUGUUUAAAAGAUAAGAGGAUAUUUUGGGGGUCAUUUGUACUUACCUUAUCUAUGAAACGGUCUAUUAAAGACUCAUUACUGCUAACAUUUCCUAUUUUGGAGGAGUGAUUCUAUUUUUCUAGAGUUAUGAACCCUUCAUUCCUCUUUGUUUCUUCUAAAAAACAUCUGUAAAGAAGCAUUAUAUCCCUGAUUUUGGCUAUGGAGAUUCCUAAUUUGUAGUGUGGAAGGUAUGAUAACUUGUAAAAACACAUGUGGAAGGAAGUCUGUGAACAUCUCAACAUAAGGUAGUUCAUGACCGAUUUGUACUUCCUUCCGUUUCUUUUCCUCUUGAAAGUUCACAGGCCAAUUAAGUUCAGUAUGCAACUAAGUCAGAAAUUCUGAACAGAAAUACAAACUAAGGUAAUUAUUUGAGUAUGGCAGAAUUUCGGUGGGGAAGUGGGAGUUGCUUGCAUUUUAAUCCCUUCUGCUAUGAGUUAUGUUCCAUCUUUUUGUAGUUGCAGAAAACUUAUGUGUUGAG